GUUGACAGGGCUCUCAACGAACCCUGUGGUCCAUAGAUUGAGUUGGUUUUAGGUUGAGUCAGUCAGGGGAGAGUCUAAGUGGUGAGGAGCGAAACUGUCACUUGGUUGUGCACCUGUCACCAUGGUUGACACGCGUAGUGGCCGGAGCACCUCCCCUUACACAGCCGAAGAAGAGGCGAAAGUCGCUGCCCUCACGAAGGAGAGAAGAGAGAAGAAGGAGGCCAAGAAGAAGGCCCUGAUGGAGGAACAGGCGGCCAAGUUGAAGAAGAUUGAGGAGAUGGCCAGAGAGAGAGAGAGACUGAAGAAAGAAGAGGAGGAGAAGCUUAAAGCGGUAGAAGAGGAGGAAGAGGUAGAAGAGACGCCACUGGAAAGGCGAAGGGGAGGAAGAAGAGGAGAAUCCAGUGGUACCAAGGAAGACGAAAUGGAGAGGAAGAUCUCAGAAUGGGUUGCUAACUUAUCCCUAGGGGAAGCAGAGGAGGCGUUGAUGUACGUGCCUAAGGACGAGCAAGAGCCAGCAAUGAAGGAGUGGGAUGCAGAGGAAGACCCACUCAAGAGACAGGCAAUGGAGGAGGAACAAAGGUUGGAGUGGAGAUUACGGUUGAUGAGGGAAAAUAAAACAAGGGUGGACGCGGUGAGUCAGGCGGCGGAAGAAUUGGCCGAAGUUAGAAGGCAGAAAGACCAGAUGGACACGCAGGUGGACCUCCUAGGGAAGAUGGGGGUCAUGGCAAGAAAUAUAGAGCGCCUGGCACAGGCUCACGAAGAGCAAUACCAAUUUAUUAGGAGCCAGGACAUAGCUUUGCGCUCGAUGCACGCGGGUUUCAGGGACUUUGCGCGGGAGUUAGUGACGCAGGUGGCCUCAUAAGUAAAGACCCGUUUAGAAUACACAGAG